AUGAUCCUCCCGAAACAAAUCAGCAUCGUGUUGGGCAUCGCCACAUUUCGGACUACCGCAGUCCGGUUGACCUCAGUUCGCAGCCUCUCGACGAGCAGCUCUUGGAGGGCAAAUCCCACGAAACAGUCUUCCUCAAAUGACCCGCGCGACAGUACCCCGGUGGAUGACAUCGACCUUGUCUUUGACUAUCCGACGCAGCGCAAGGAGGCAUACGAGAAGCAGUCUUCCAAACCACCGGGCAUGGACCCAAAGCAGGCUGUUGGCUCGAAAAGGGCGGGCAGGGCCAUGGGAUUCUCGGAUAAUAAAGCCAUGUACAUCGGUCUCGGUGCCGUAGGCUUGGGCGGCGUCUACAUGUACCGGCGCCGUGGAAACAGCGGAGCGAAGAAUCAGAGCGAGCAGUCGCGGACUAGUGCGGGGACCACGAGCAAUAUGGAGAGAGCGAUUGGGCGCGGGCGCGGUGGUUGA